CACGUGCAAGUUUACUUUUUAUUCAUACAUAUUUUCACCGAAAAUAUUUAUUAACAAAAUUGGUUUUUAAAAUGACAAAAUUUAUAACAUAUUAUAAUUUGUGUCCCAUACCCGAACCCAAGGACUUUCUGGGCAUAUCGCCCGAUAAAGAAGAAGGCAAUGUUAUAACAACAUUGGGCAAAAACAUCAUUAUAAUCAUCAAGAUUUCCACACAAAAACAAAUAAAAAGCUGGUCUGUGCUGGAAAAAUUAUCCUCUAAAGUGGUGUAUGAUAAGAAUAGUGAAAAAUAUGUGGCUGUAUUUGCUAACAAAACUAUUAGAUGCUGGGAUGAGGAUACCAAGGAUGUUAAUAAAUGCAAGAAGUUAAAGUUCCAAAAAUGUAUAGCUGAUUUGGUGGUGGAUGAAAAUGAAACCUUUGUCUUGUUUUCAGAUGGCUCGUGUGAAUCAUUAAAUGUUGCCAUUGAAACACGUAAAGCCCAGAGUAAUUCCCAACAAAUGGAAUUAUUUUCGAGUUUAGUUUUCACGAAUGCUAAUGUGCAAAAAUUAUCAAAUGGAAAUAGAAUUUUAACCUACUUUGAGCGUAAUACCAAAACUGGCGAGUAUCACUUGGUACGUCUGCCUUUACAGGGAGAAGAGAUCCAGCCGAAACGUUAUAAUUUAAAAAGGGGUAUUUUGGAGGUUCAUGUAGCAGGUGCAGCUGUUAUUGAAGGCGAUGGAAUCCCAGUAUUGUUAACAAUAUGGUCCGAUAAACGUAUUUUCCUUCUAAGUCUUGCCGAUGACAGUGAACCAAGCCGUUCUCCUGGUAAUUUUGUUUCGAUGCUAACUCAAUUAAAAGUUGAUACUCCCCUUUCCGUGUUGGGUAUAUCCAAACAUUUUGUAGCAAUUUAUGGUGCCAAUGAUGGCCAAGAGGGAGCCUCCCUGUUGCUCUACAAUACUCAAUACAAAGUCAUAAAAACAAAACAAGUCUUUAAAGUGUAUUUUGACAUUUCACAACUGUGGUCCAUUGACGAACACAUCCUCCUGGCAAUGGGACAAAAUCUUUCGGUUGUCAAAUAUAGAGUCUUAAAGGAGGUGUUAUCUGAAUUGGUGGGCACACAAGUUGGUCAUGAUUAUCAGACGGUAGUAGAAGAUAUUCACAUAAAUGAAGAAUCCUUUUUGGAAGAUUGUUUGCAAUACAGUAACGAGUAUGAACCAUUUAUCACAAAGAACAAUUAUAGUAAAUUGAAAGAAGAUAAGUUGAUUCAAGCUGAUGGUAACUAUGUGGCUUAUAAAAAUUCAACAGAGUUCGAGAAAGAAUUGAACAGUUUAAGGCAGUUGAACUUACAUGUUGAUGUGGUUCAGGUUGAAGAGCCACUUGAUGAUAUACAGGUUUCUAUAAUGACCAACUAUAAUGAUAAUGGUUUUGUUUGUCCGGAAAUACAACUUAUAGCCAAACAACUGGAAAAAGCGGGAGCUAGUGAACAUGAAAUUACCGAAAAACUAUUGACAGUGCUAAUGAAGGCCAACUUAGUAACAGAUAUUGGUGUUUGUCUGAGACGUUAUAAUAAUAUCUCCGAAAAAAUUAUCUCUAAAACUUUACGUUAUUUAUUGCAAAAUUUGAAAUCAAUUCCUAACUCUGAAGAAGAAAAAGAUGACUCUGCUAAGCAACUAACAAAUGGAGCUACUAAAGAACACAUGGAAGUGGAUUUCAAAUUAGAAACCAAUGCCUCAAAAGAGUCUUAUAUAAUUUUAGAUUUGUUAGCCGAAAAAUAUCCAAAAAAUAGCUCUCCCACUCAAGUUAUAGAUGUGUUAAACAUUCUGUUGUCAUGUUCCUUCGAUGCUGAAGCUAUUGCUGUACAUAUUAGAAAAGAUAUAGAUUACAGUAAGAUUUUAUUGAUAUUACAACAUUUGUACAAUAUGUUGCUAACGCCCCAAUUGUCGCUGGUCGAAGAACGCCCAUCUCUUAAUCCCUGCAGCAUUGAUUAUGAGUUGCAAAUUUUUCGCUGGUUUGGUGUCUUUCUAAAUUCCCAUUACCAAAAGUUAGCUCUCUCCAAAGAUGUCAGCCUAAUGGAAAUUUUGUUCAAAUGGCAUGAAAUGUUCCAAAGCUAUAAACGGGAAAUCGUUGAACUUCAAACUGUUGCAGCCUUAUUGUACAAUAUACUGGAGAGGAGAAAGACAUUUAAGGAGAAAAACUCUUCGAAAUGGUAUUCAAUUGAGGAGGUACACUUAUUUUAAUUAUAUUUUUUUUCUAAUAAUUAUGUUUUGAGUUUUAGUACAUAUGGAUUAUAUAUUUUUUUUUUAAAUAAAAACAAAAAUAAAUAUAUUAAAAA